AUAACCCUUUUUAUUUUGUUAUGAAAACUUGUCAUGAGAAGUACAGAGAUAUAUCUCUUGAAAAAUAUAUAUAAAUAAGCAAUUCUUGUUUCUUGGAGUUCACAUAUUAUUUGAGAUGAAUGACGAUGAUUAUGAUUUCGAGUCUACCGAGAAUUGUAGAUUAUCAGCCCUUUUUAAAAAAGAUUAUGAAGCUGGUAAUUCAAGUCUAAUAUACCAAGCCCCAAAACAGCCUAGUAGUUCUUCAACUUCAGUUCCAGGAACAAAUUACAAGACAUUUCAUAAAUAUAUUCAGUUGUAUGAGAGUCAUGAUGGAAAACUUUGUGGAAAGUAUGUAAUUGCACUAGUGAAUUCAAAUGCAAACCCUACAGAAAUGCUUAUAUAUCAAUCAAAAAAAAAAAUUUUCAUUCGUCGCCCUAUAUGUGAAAAACAAUUGUUUAAAUAUACCAACAAUCGCACUUUAAUUUUGAAUGAAAGAGAGCAGCAAUUCAGAUUGGAAUUUGAAAAUGAAACUGAAUAUUUGGAAUUUACCAGUGAAUAUGCUAAAUAUGGAGGAUUAAUUGAAGUACUCAAAGAUUCAGAGAAUUAUAAUAGAAAUCAAACAGUUUCACUUGAUUUUACCCUAGAAACUGGCUGUACUAAAUCACCUAGAGCAGUAGUUGACUGUAUAAAUGAUAAAAAUGAUAGGAGUAAUAUUUUAACACGUUUGGAGAAAAUUGGGAUAUCCCAACUUCCACCUUUUGAAAUUGUGAAAGAUAAUAUGAGAAAUGUGGUUUCCUCCAAAGGAGAUGAAAAACCUAAUGGAAAUUGCACUUCUAAUGAGGUAGGUAAAAAAACGUAUAUAAAGGAGCUUUCGAACUCUCUGAAUACAUUGAAUGAUGUACAAAGGAAUAAAAGUGAACUUGGAACUAGAGAACAUACGGUAUUAAAACCAGAAUCAACAAUUACUAGUGAAAAAAUUGAACUGUUAACAUCAGUACUGAUUAACAAUCAAACAAAUAAUUCUGAAUUGAAAGAGGCAAUACAUUUAUUAACUUCAAAAUUGAAAGAAAUCGUCCCACUCAAGGAAUGCGACAAUAAAAACGAGUUUAAGAAACUUGAAUCUAAGAUAAAAUCUUUAGAGUUGAAAUCAGAAAAUUUACAAUGUGAACUUGAUAAGUUCCAUAAAAAAUAUGCAAACCAUAAGGACUCCCAAUCAAAAGAAUUAUCUUUGAAACAAGACGAGAAUAUGUGCGAUGUUGCUUGUCAGACAGAUUAUUUUGAGUACAUUAGUAAAGAAACUAAUCAUCUUAUGUCAAUUCUGCCACAAAUUUUAAGUGUUGUUGAAUCAUUGUCACUAACAGCAGAUGACAUAAUUGAAUUAAAAAAGAUAAAGGAUGGGAUUCAUGAUCCACAACUGAAGACCAUAGUAGAGCCGUAUUUCAACUUUACUGAAGAAAAAAAUAGAAGUGAAAUGAAAGCUGAUAAUGAAGUUUCACGGAAUGAAUUCUUAACUGCUUUGAAAAAAAUCAUGAACAAUAUGUAUCAGAAUAUUUGUACCUCGGAUCCCAAUACUGAUUUUAAAAACUUAUUAGCUAAGCAGAUUAAACAUGCAUCUUUAGAAAUUUUGAAAAUUCAUGAUGAAUCAGUGUGACAGAGAAAAAAAAGUACUAUAACUUUAUAUCUCCAUACCAUAGGUGAAUAUAAAAGGAAAACACUAUUGAUAUUAUAAAUAUAUAUAUUAUAAAUUUUUACAGAAAAUAGAGAAGUAAUAUAAAUUCUAUUCUAGAGUAUA